AUGCCAGUGUGCUUUCAGCAUUUCUCGCAGGUGCGAGUUAUACUGGAUUGUACAGAGGUUUCUGUUGCUGUUCCUAAGUGUCUCAAAUGUGCUGUAAGGACAUAUUCUCACUAUAAGCAUGGGCACACAUUAAAAUACAUGGUGGGCAUCUCCCCAGGUGGGUUGAUCACAUUCAUCAGCAAAGGGUAUGGAGGACGAGCAUCCGACAAAGCGAUUUUUGAUCAAAGCGGGAUAGUAGACCUACUCACCCCAGGACGUGAUCAGGUGAUGGUCGACAAAGGCUUCCUCAUCGAUUCUACAUGUGCCAACAACUUCAUAACUGUGGUACGGCCUCCAUUCCUUCGGCAGAAAAAACAGUUCACAAAGCAGGAGGCGUUGCUGACGAAGAACAUAGCAGCCGCUAGGGUCCAUGUAGAAAGGGCCAUACAAAGAAUGAAAAUCUUCAAGGUCCUAAGCCACAGGCUUGCGUGGCACAUGGUACCACAGGCUGAUGAUAUAGUUGUAAUUGCAGCAGCACUGACAAACUUGUCAGAACCUAUCCUGGCUUAUGAACGUUUCCUCUAG